AUGGGUAGAUAUUCGGUAAAGAGGUACAAGACCAAGAGGAGAACAAAGGAUCUGGAUCUUAUCUAUAAUGAGCUGGGUUCCAAGGAGGAGAUACAGCGUUUGCUGAAUCAACCGCUGGACGAAACAAAGCCGGGGUUGGGGCAACACUAUUGCAUACAUUGUGCUCUCUACCUUGAGACAGCUGCGGCGCUGAAGACACAUUUGAAGAGUAAAAAACACAAGAGAAGGGUAAAAGAACUCAAGGGCAUUCCAUACACGCAGGAAGUAGCCAAUGCGGCGGCAGGGGUAAAUUUGAAUAGAUUCUUGCAGAGGGUUGAGCAUAUCAAGAAUAGGGUGGGCCCGGAGAAGGAAAGCAACGAAGUGUUGUUGAAAGAACAUCUCUCCACUGCGUUGGCCAACAUCAGUACUGUAGAGCCCACGUUACCAUGGGGCGAGGCGACGACCGACGCUGCGGCCGAUGGGGCAGAAGUAAUGGCAGAGUAG